GUUAAAAAAGCUAUUAAAAGACCUUAAAAAGCAGUAUUUUAGAAAUGACGGAAUCGAUUAUACCGGAUUACGAAAAAACGGGAUCUUCAGAGCCUCUUCCUCCGGGCUGGACGCAACAUUUAGCGCCGUCUGGCCAUUUAUAUUAUUACCAUAAGGAAACCCGUGUAUCUACGUAUAAACGUCCAAUUCAUGAUUCAGAGGGGUCAAAAUUGAAUAAUACGGUGUUAUUAGAAGAAACCAAGGUUUUAGAGAAAUCAGGAGAAAAAUCGGGAUUAUUGGAGAAGAACAGGUCAUAUCCUAUAGGCAGAGAACGAUCUCGCUAUGGAAAAACAGAUCGUCCAAAAUACAAAUAUCCAAUUGCCAAGGCAUUUCCCUGGGUUAGAGUGAUUACAAAGCGACGAUGUCAAUUUGUACAUAAUCCAGAGACGGGAGUUUCUCUUUGGGUUCCGCCGGAAGAAGUUUAUGCGGCAAUGAUUGAAGAAAAGAAGAAUGGAAAGGAUUUUAGUGAGAAUUUAGAAGGAUCAGAAGAAUUAUCUAGUGAAUCAGAGGAAUCAUUGAAUAGUUUUGAUACGAAAGACUCAUCAGAUGUGUAUCAUGAUGAAGAAAAUGAAAUACGUGAGGAAGAUUCAUGUAAUGAACCAUCUACAGGAUUAGAUCAUACAGAAUAUACAGAAAAUGAUAUUGCCUGGCAACUUGAGGGUAUGGAGAACAAUGGAAUGAUAUAUAUUGAGAAUGAGAUGGAAAUGAUGGAAGAAGAAAAGGCAUUACAGUUUAAAACAAUGUUACAAGAAUUGGAUGUUAAUCCAUAUCAUCCAUGGGAUCAAGAGGUUUCAAAGAUUUCAAUGGACCCACGGUAUUUCUUAAUUAAUACAAUGAAAGGAAGAAAAGAUUUGUUUGAAGAAUUCUGUAGGGAAAGAAUUGCACAACAGAAGAAAGAAAUAGAAUUAAGGCCAAAAAGAGAUCCUAAAAUAUCAUUUAUAACAUUACUUCAGAUCCCACAAACAUCUAAGAUGUAUUGGCAUGAAUUUAGAAGGAAGUUUAAGAAGGAACAAGAGUAUAAAGAUUUUGGAAUGAAUGAUAAAGAAAGAGAAAAGCUUUUUAGGGCAUAUCAAGAGCAAAUGAAAUAUGAUAGUAAAAGGAAAGAAAAAGAUUUCUAUGCAUUGCUAAAAGAAACAUCAACGGUAACAAAAAAUACUACACUUCUUUCAUUACCUGAUGAGGUGUUAUGCGAUUUGAGAUAUGCUGUAAUUCCUUCUGAAAAAUUAGAAGAAUAUAUUGAAAAAUAUACUCAAUCGCUUUAAUUUCAAUUCAAUUAGAUAUGGAUUUAAAGAUCUGUUAUUAAAGA